GGAGAGGAUGUUUGAUCUCCUGAACAACCGUCAGAGCGUCCCGGUCCCUGGUGCUGCGGUGCGUGCGACAUCUGCACGCCCGGACAAUGAAACCACCAACUACGAUGCCAAUGGGAGGUGGCAGCCGCCUGGCACAUUUCUCAGCAAAGCGGCCACACCCAUCAGCUUCUCCACGGCUAAGGAGGUGGUGUUGGAUGGUCCUCUGGACGUGGUCCAGGUGGCCCGCACGGUGGAGAACUGCCGCUCGGCGCAGUCACAUGCCUUGAACCAUCGCUCUUCACGCUCGCACUGUUUGAUCACCUUGUCCUUGCGGCAGAUCGAUGCCAAAGGCAAACUGCAAGCAGGGCAGGUGGUUUUCGUGGACCUCGCUGGCUCGGAGCGCGUGGGGAAGUCGGGAGUUCAUGCCGACGCGACUGGUGGGGCGCGUGCAUUUAGUUUACCUGGCAAUGUGAAAGUGGACAUCCCUGGCACUCGCUUCGAUGAAGCGCGCUCGGUGAAUUCCUCUCUCAGCGCCCUGGGCCGCGUCAUCGCAGCCCUGGCGCGGCGGGACAAGUUCGUGUCGUUUCGUGACUCAGCGCUGACGCAGAUGCUGAAGCAGCCCCUGACAGGCCACAGUUCCCACAUCUUGGUGAUGCUGGCGUUACGCAGCGAGAAGGCGAACGAUUCGGAGACUUUCUCCACGAUGCGCUUCGGCUCUGUGUGUCGCGGUGCUGCUGCCACCAACGCUGGGAGAAAUCGAUCAAAAGCCGCAGCAAAACAACUGGAUGCGACGAAAGCAUUGAAGUCGCUGCGCGCCACUUUGGAGUCCAUGGAUGUGGAGCUGCAACGGAUGAUGGCCGAGGGCCAGGACGGCCACGUGAAUACGCAAGACUUUGCGCCCUCCACGGUUAGAGCCUUCUUGGACAACAAGGCGAAAUUUGAGGAGCAGAAACGCCUUGUCUUGCACUACAAGGAGCGCAUCGCCGAGCGUCAGAGCCAAUUGGCUUCCGCGGAGGCCGGUGAUGCGCGGCUACUGGAGCUGCGCGGAGCCCUGCAGGAGGCUGAGAAGGCCGUAUGGGUGACGAGUGGCAUCUUCUAUCGUCAGGCUGCCGGGCUUCGAAGCCCCGCUGGGAAAUCCCCGAAGUUGAUGGCUGAUGGAGCCUGAGUUUGCAACUAGGUCUCUACGGGGAUUUGGAUUGGAGCCACUAGUGCAUUUCAACAACGCCUGGCCCAGCGUGAGCAGCUUGCGACGGAGCUGAGUUUUUUGGAAGGUGCCAAGUUGGAGGAAGCACCAGGGUCGUGAAGGCAGGCAAUCGGGCUCCAUUGAAGCUUGGGUGAAGUUUCCCGGACAUUGGAUCACUAUUUGGAAACCAUCGAGGUGCAUAUGCCUCAUACAGAUACUGUACAGCAAUGAUGUGAUGUCAGUUGCCUCUGAAGCAUCAAGUUCCGGUCUUCCAGGAAGAUUGAUCAAAUUUGUGGAGUUGAAGGGUUCGAUGAUGGCGCUGCGAUUUUGGCAGCUGGGCUGCCUUGUCUACAUAUAUCUACAUACUUUUUUGGGUUUGCGGCAUGUUGAAAAUGCUGCUCCAACCCAGUUGUAGCUCGAUAGGGCACCGAAAACUCGGUGAGCCUGACCGAUAGGCGCAAGAGCAUCAUCAACCAAUAAAUAAAUAAGAAUUUGUAUUAUUAUGUUCUGUUUAUCUUCUGGAAAUAAAAU